AAACAUCAUUUUCAAAACAGAGAAUCAAAUUUGUAAGUACUUAAGUUCCUUAUAAAAAAUAGUAACAGUCAAAUUAGACUUCAUGUGAACUCCAUUUCCCUCCCUUUUCACUUCUCUUUUCCCAGCGGCUACUGAAGUCAGGUAGUUUUUGCAUUUUUCAUCAAUAUCAAAUUAUCAAUACUCCAAGACAAAUGCGGACACUUUCAUGGCCAAAACGCCUAAAACAUCUGCUUUUAGCAUGCAAAGAUGAAGCUCCCGUAACCCAAAUCCACGCACUCAUCAUCACGACCGGUCUCUUCUUCGCCAAUUCAAACUUCAAUGGCCUCGUCAUAGCUUCAUAUGCCCGCAUUGGUGGCAUCACGUCGGCCCGCCACCUAUUUGACAAAUUGCCUCAAAGAGGCGUAGACGCUUGGAAUGCCAUGAUCGUUGCUUAUUCUCGGAGAUAUCACUUGACUGAAGUCUUGAAUCUUUACCAUCAGAUGGUAAAUGAAGGAGGUAAACCCGAUAGCUCCACUUUCACUGUAGCGAUAAAGGCAUCGUCAAGCUUAAAGGAUUUGGAAGCUGGAGAGAGAAUUUGGCGUCGAGCGGUGGAUUUUGGAUAUGGGUGUGAUGUGUUUGUCGGGUCAUCUGUUUUGAAUUUGUAUGUAAAGUGUGGAAAAAUAGAUGAGGCUAAGUUGGUGUUUGAUAAGAUGGUGAAAAGAGAUGUUGUUUGUUGGGCUACUAUGAUAACAGGACUUGUGCAGAACGGAAACGUGUUAGAGGCAGUUGAUAUGUUUCGAAGGAUGCGAAAGGAGGGGAUCGAAGGAGAUGGAGUUCUGAUGUUGGGAUUAGUUCAGGCUUGUGCAAAUCUUGGAGAGUUGAAGUUGGGUCUUUCAGUUCAUGGGCAUGCGGUUAGGAGAGAGAUGCUUAUGGAUGAUGUUAUUCUUCAAACUAGCCUUGUUGACAUGUAUGCUAAGAUUGGGGAUUUGGAGCUUGCUUCUCGUGUUUUUGAGCAGAUGCCCCGGAAGAAUGCUGUUUCUUGGGGUGCAUUGAUUUCUGGCUUUGCUCAAAAUGGUUUUGCAGAGUAUGCACUUGAUUUGUUGGUUGAGAUGCAGAGUUUGGAAUUCAAACCGGAUACGGCGGUUCUUGUUAGCGCACUUUUGGCAUGUUCACAAGUAGGGCAUUUGAAACUAGGCAAGUCUAUACACGGAUAUAUUGUUAGGAGGCUUGGUUUUGAACUUGUUCUAGGCACCGCAUUGAUUGACAUGUAUGCAAAAUGUGGAUCACUUUCUUGUGCACAUGCCAUAUUUGAUCGGGUGGAUUCUAGGGACGUGAUAUUGUGGAAUACAAUGAUCGCCAGCUAUGGUAUCCAUGGAGAUGGAAAGGAAGUUCUCUCUCUAUUCCUAAAGAUGAAAGAAGCAAACAUAAGCCCUGAUCAUGCAACUUUUGCGUCUCUUCUCUCGGCUCUUAGUCACUCUGGACAAGUAGAUGUAGGUCAAUACUGGUUUAAUGCCAUGGUUAAUGAAUGUAAGAUCCCACCAAGCGAGAAGCAUUAUGCUUGCAUGGUUGAUCUUUUGUCCCGAGCAGGACGAGUGGAAGAGGCUUAUCAGCUAAUAGAAUCUAUGAACACAGAACCAGGUUUAGCUAUUUGGGUUGCCCUCCUGUCAGGUUGCCAUAAUUAUAGGAACCUCUUAUUUGGAGAAGUGGCAGCAAAGAAAAUCCUUGAUUUAAACCCAGAUGAUUUGGGAAUUUAUGCCUUGGUUUCAAACUUCUUUUCCUUGGCCAGGAUGUGGGAUAGAGUAUCUAUUUUAAGGAAGAUUAUGAAAGAAACAGGAAUGAAGAAAGUUCCUGGUUACAGUGCGGUGGAAGUGAAUGGAAAGCAUGAAGCUUUUCUGGUGGAAGAUAAGAACCAUCACCAGUACGAAGAAAUCUUACAAAUGUUGGAUAGUUUGGAUAAUGAGAUGAGAGUUAUCAGACAUGUCCCAGACAGUUUGCAUGACGUUGAAGAAGUAGUGAUUUGAAAUUUAUUGAUUAAUAGCUUUGGAGA